ACUGCAAAAAUCUUCAGAAGUAUCUGGCUUCUGAGUUUGAGAUGAAAUCAUUGGGUGAUUUGAAGUACUUUCUUGGAAUUGAAGUUGCCAGAUCUAAACAUGGUAUCUUUCUGUCCCAAAGAAAGUAUGUUUUGGAUUUACUUGCAAAAACUAGAAUGUUGGAUUGUAAACCAAUUGAUACCCCUAGUAAACAGAAUCAUAAGUUGGAGUUGUAUCCUGAUCAAGUUCCUAUUGAUAAAGAGCGUUAUCAACGACUUGUAGAGAAAUUGAAUUAUUUAGCUCAUACACGUCCUGAUAUUGCAUAUGCAGUGAGUGUAGUGAGUCAAUUUAUGCAUUCUCCUAGUGAAGAUCAUAUGGGUGUUGUGAUGUGUGUUUUGUGGUAUUUGAAAGUAACUCCUGGCAAAGGGUUAAUGUUUUCCAAGUAUGGUCAUACAGAUGUGGAAGGGUAUACGGAUACUGAUUGGGCUGGUUCAGUCACUAAUAGAUGUUUUACGUCUGGGUAUUUCACAUUUGUUGGUGGCAAUCUUGUUACUUGA